UGAUGUAUGUUAUAUGGUAAAAAAAAAAAACAACCAUAAACGCCAUGGUUUGUACCCAACGCGUGUAACCAGAAGACCUUUUGCGCAUCUAUAAAGUGUGGAGACACCCAGCAAAAACCAGGCUAGGAUUAUAUUUCACUUCUGUUCUGUUAUAAGAUUGCUGGUAUGGAUGAAACGUCUUCAGAGCCAUGUUCAGUCUCCAUCUCCAUGGAGGAGACCAAGAGGUCAGAAGAAGCCCCUCCGGAUGCAGACAUGCCGACCCCCCCGGAGAACCCUAGCACAGAGGCCCAGAGCUUCUCACACCUGCCCCAGCGCUCAGCUGUAGACCUGGAGUUUACCAAGCUUUCCUACACUGUUCCUAAGGGCCCCUGCUGGAGGAGGAGAGGACGCAAGGCGCUCCUGAAGUGUUUGUCUGGGAAGUUUUGCAGCCGGGAGCUGGUCGCGAUUAUGGGGCCCUCAGGGUCCGGCAAAUCCACCCUGAUGAAUAUUCUUGCUGGGUACAGAAAGACUGGCAUGGAGGGUCAGAUCCUGGUAAAUGGGCGACCACGUGAGCUCCGCACCUUUAGGAAGAUGUCCUGUUACAUAAUGCAGGAUGACAUGCUGCUCCCGCACCUCACCUCAAAGGAAGCCAUGAUGGUUUCAGCCAACCUGAAACUAAAGGAGACCAUGAAAGUGAAGAAGAAACUGGUGACCGAGAUCCUCACUGCUCUGGGCCUGCGGGAGAGUGCACACACUCGUACACAAGCUCUCUCCGGAGGUCAACGUAAACGACUGGCUAUUGCACUGGAGCUGGUCAACAACCCACCCGUCAUGUUCUUAGACGAGCCUACCAGUGGUCUAGACAGUGCAUCGUGUUACCAGGUGGUUUCUCUACUGAGGUCUCUUGCUCAGGGUGGAAGAACCAUCAUUUGCACUAUCCACCAGCCCAGUGCUAAACUCUUUGAGAUGUUUGACAAGUUGUAUAUUCUGAGUCAGGGGCAGUGCAUAUAUACGGGGACAGUCCCAUGUCUCAUCCCCUAUUUGAAGAACCGUGGUCUCCACUGCCCUGCUUACCACAAUCCUGCAGAUUUCAUAAUCGAGGUGGCGUCAGAGGAGUAUGGUGAUUUGAGUCCAGUGCUUUUCAACGCAGAGCAGGACGGCGUGUCUUUAGAGAGUGUCUCCAGUAACCAGAGUGAUCCCACAUCAUCUGGCCCAUCUCACUAUAACAACGAUUUUGGACACGUCGAACGGCGCACCUUUGCCACCAGCGCAAUCAUGCAGUUCUACAUUCUUUUCAAACGAACCUUUAUCACUAUAUACAGAGACAUGGUUUUGACCCACCUGAGGGUGACGUCACACCUAUUCAUUGGAGUCCUGAUCGGCCUGCUGUACCUGACUAUCGGCAACAAUGCCAACAAAGUGUUCAACAACACCGGGUUCCUGUUCUUCUCCAUGCUUUUUCUCAUGUUUGCUGCGUUAAUGCCCACCAUCCUCACAUUUCCUCUGGAGUUGCCAGUGCUUAUAAGGGAGCAUCUGAACUACUGGUAUAGUUUAAAAGCCUACUACCUGGCUAAGACCAUGGCUGACGUUCCCUUCCAGGUCAUAUGUCCCAUAAUGUACUGUAGUAUAGUGUACUGGAUGACAGGACAGCCUCCUGAAGGAGAGAGGUAUGUGCUCUUCAUGGCUCUGUCUGUGUGCACUGCCCUGGUCGCUCAGUCUCUGGGCCUCCUUAUUGGAGCCGCCUCUCCUUCCCCGCAGGUUGCCACAUUCAUAGGACCUGUGACAUCCAUUCCGGUCAUGCUAUUCUCUGGCUUCUUUGUCAACUUCAAAACCAUCCCAAUAUACCUACAGUGGAUGUCCUAUGUCUCCUACGUCAGGUAUGGUUUUGAGGGGGUGAUCCUGUCCAUUUAUGGAAUGAACCGGACAGACUUGGAAUGCCCAGACAUUGUCUGCAAAUUCCAGAAGUCUGAGGAGGUGUUGCAGAUGCUGGACGUCGAGGACGCAAAGCUUUACGUGGACUUCAUAGCGUUGGGGGUUUUCUUCAUCAUUCUUCGGCUUGUCACUUAUCUAGUGCUGCGAUACAAAGUCAGAUCUGAGCGUUAGGGCCUGACUUCAACUAUUAAUAUUUGUUUUAUUGUUGGUAUAAACACACACACACACACACACACUGACAUUAUGUUUUGGAUCACUUUUAUGUCGUUGAGGCAGAUCUGCAGAGUGUCCACCGAACUGUUGAAACAACGCAAAUAGAUUGUUUUUUAAUUUUUUUCUUUUUUUACUUUUUUUUUUUUUUUUUGCACUUUAAUAUCCCUUAGAAGUUUGUUUGUUGUUGUUUUAGUUUUGCACUUUCUUUCUUUCAAUUAGAUAAUGUGGUAUGACAUCAAAGGGUCAAGAGUGGCAACAACAGAGUCAAUAGUGCUCUGUUGUGAACUUUUGGCACAGAAACGACGACUGAUGAAAAAAUGGGUAAAAUGGGUCUCAUCAAGAGACAGCGAUGCUCUAAAGUUUGAAACCCAUUUUAGGUACAGUAUGUACCCAAUGAGAUAAAGAGAUUGGAAGACAUUCUGGAUAUUUUUAGAUUUGUAUCUGGAAAAAACACAUCCUGCAGAUAUUGUUAACAACCUACGGAAAGUACACAAUGUUGUUUUAAAUAGAAAUGGCAAUUUAAUCAUUACUCAAGCUUUAAGAGUGAUCAAACUUUGACAUCGUAAAUGUGAUAUUAAUGUUAAUAAUUAAAUUAUUGUUUCUUCCUGCAUACUUAUCAAUGAUAAAAAUGAAUG